CCCUUGGCCCCCUGGCUGCCAGGCGUCACACCAGUUUAUAAUAAGGAUCCAGCAAAAAAAAAAAAGUUGUCGAGUGAACGGACUGAAAGAAGGAGAGAAAAAAAAAAGGAACCCUUCCCACUCUCCAAAAAUCACGGGGAGUGACUGUGACAGGAGGAAGGGGACAGAGAGAGAGAGAGAGAGAGAGAGAGUAAGGCUGAAGAAUCCUUCAGCAAGACUUCACGUUUCUUUCAGCACUGCGCAGACCGGAACGGACCACAAACCAAACACUACACUGGACUGAUAAUCAAUCGCGGUGAAUAGCAGCUGAGUUGGAGACUUGUUGUUGGAGACUUUUCUUGGAGGAGCAUGCGGCUCAGUUUACUAUUCAGACUCUAUGUGCUGUGGGGCGUUGUGGUGGUCACGACCUCCGUGACCAAGGCUGCCAAGAAGAAGGUGACAGGCAGACGGUCCAGACAGGUGUUUGAGGCGGAGCCUAUAGAGGGGGUGUGGUCGAUCUGGGGAGAGUGGUCUGAAUGCUCUCAGACCUGCGGUGUGGGCGUGUCACAGAGGAUCAGGAAGUGUUUACCUCCUCCCCCUCCCCAAGCUCCUCCCCUCUCUCGCUCUACACCUAAUUGGGCGGGCUACGUACCUGGGGGCAUUGGAGGUCCAGUCAUCUCACCUGUGCGGCCCUACUACCCUCCUCGUUACCCUGGGCAACGCCCAUCUUAUCACGCCCAACCGAACCCCACCAAUCUCAACCCAGGUUUGUCGCUGUUCCGGGAUUCCAACGAUGGAGGAGGAGGAGUAGGAGGAGGAGCUCCUGUGCUGGGACAGGACAAUCCAUCACCUCCUUUUUACCAGUCAGAGUUCUCCCCAACCAAUCAAGACCACAUGUCAGUUUACCGAUCGCCAUAUCAGCCUCCGUCACAUGGCUACAACCACCCGGCACGGCUCAUCAGGAGACCGACCAAUCCAGGAGCAGGCAGGAAUGGAGGGGGCGGGAGCAGGAGGUCGAUCUCCCCCAAUCGGGAGGGUUUACCAGCCAGGAGAUCUUCCAACAUCCGUCCGGGUCAGUUUGGGUACGGCAGAGUCCCGUUCUCUCUGCCUCUUCAUCGUCCUAACCGGCAGGCUCGCCACACUGCUAAUGGAACUGCAGUUGCAACAUCAGGACCUGAACUGGCCACACGUGAAGACACCACAGAGAACAGGAGAGAGGAGGAGGAGAAUAAGAGAAGUAGAGAGGACAGGGAGGCCAGGAGGAGUGCGGAGGAGGAGAUCACUGAGGGACCUGCUGCUGAGGAACCCCCCACAACGACCACGACCACAGCCAGCAUCCCCCAUCGCCACUUUGUUAGACCCGCACAGGCUCACACAGAGCACAGCAGGCCGCGAACCCCGCCCUUUCACUCCAUCUCCCGCUCCUCGUCCCCAUCGCUGUCUCUCCCAUCCAGCCGUCACCGCUUCAACUGGCACUCAGUCACCGCCCCGCCUCCUCCCAUCUCUCCCCUCUUGCGCCCUAACUCUCCUGCCGCCUCGCCUUUUUCCACAUCACUCCAUCGCUCUGCUGUUACGCACAGAGACAGGGAGCUCCACCCAGGCUUCAACCACCAGGUACCAGCCGCAGGGAACAUCUACCCGCUGCAGCACCAGCACACCCAACACCUGGGGGACGAAUCAGGCAGGGAUGGAGGAAGAGGAACUCCACAGGUUUACAGAUGCUCUGGUCCAGAGAAGGAAUCCCGCAGGUGCUUCUCGCAGGUGUGUGGAGGAGGCGCCUUGGACUCCAGAGCAGAGCAGUGUGCAGCAUUUAACACCCAGGAGUUCAUGGGUCGCCUCUACAAUUGGGAAGCUUUUACUGAGGUUGGUGCCGACAAGCAGUGCGAGCUGACCUGCAGACCUGCUGGUUACCGUUUCUACGUUCGCCAGGCUGAACGCGUCAGGGAUGGGACUCCUUGCUUCAACGUCAGCACAAACGAUGUGUGUGUAGAAGGACGGUGUCUGACUGAGGGCUGCGACGGGGUUCUUGGCUCUGGCUCAGUGAUUGACAAGUGCGGGGUAUGUGACGGGAGGGAAACCUCCUGCCGAAAGGUGACUGGAAGCUUCCAAAAUGUCACUGUUCCCCUUGGUUACCACAAGAUCCUGGACAUCCCGCCUGGAGCUACAUUCAUUAACAUCAUGGAGAGACGAGCAAGCCCAAAUUACCUUGCAAUGAGGAGUGGCACCGGGGUGUCGGUUGUAAACGGGCGUUGGGCGGUGGACCCACCAGGGGAGUACAAGGCGGGAGGGACAACCUUCACCUACACCCGACCUAGAGUACACACGGAGGGGGAGGAGGAGAAAGGGGAGACCCUCAGGGCGCGAGGACCGACCACCACCCAGCUCCAGCUCUAUAUUAUAUUCCACAAGGAGAACCCAGGCAUCGACUAUGAGUUUUACAUCCCCGUGGAGAAGAAAGAGGGAGAGAGGGAGAGGCUGAUGUUGAGAGAGAGGGAGACGCCCAGAGAGGCAGCACCCAGAGAGAGGCUGAGGGAGCGAGAUCCAGGGAGGGCACCUCUUCGCAGUCCCCUCACUGUGUCAGUAGAAGGACCUCCUCCUGCUCCUCCUCCUCCUGUUUCGUUCCCUUCGUACCCCUCUCACUCCCCUGACCGUUGGGGACCCGAGAGGUCACGUCCUCGAGGCUCUGCGCCCAACAGGAAUGCUCGGAUCCCCCCUCGCACUGACCUGCCACUGGACACUCAGCCACCUUUUGUGUGGAGGAGAGGCGGGCUCACAGAGUGUUCAGCUUCUUGUGGCAAAGGCCACCAGCACAGAGUCAUUCUGUGUAUAGAUCGCCACACAGACGAGGAAGUCCCAGAGAGAAAAUGUGACUCUGCAGCUAAACCUGUCCCUGAGGAAGAGCCGUGUAACACACACCCCUGCCCACCAUUCUGGGAGGCUAGUGCGUGGUCCGAGUGCAGUGUGUCCUGUGGCCCCGGGGUGCAGCAGCGGCAGCUCCAGUGCAGGCAGAGCUUUGGAAAUCGCUCCACCAUGGUCCAUCCGCAGCGCUGUGCCAACCUCACCCCACCAGAGUCCACACAGGCCUGUCAGCUCGCCCUCUGCUCCCACUGGGAGGUCAGCUCUGACUGGAGCACGUGCUCUGUCGACUGUGGAGUUGGGAGCAGGACGAGAGGCGUGCGUUGCGUCAGCGAUCAAGGUGCUGUGGUGCAUGACAAGGACUGCAACUCCAGAGCUCGCCCACAGGGGAGCGAGGAGUGCAACAUGGGACCGUGUGUAACAAACUGGUACUUCACUGGCUGGUCCAACACGUGUUCAGCGCAGUGUGGCCCCGGGGUGCAAAAGAGGGAGGUGGUGUGUCUGACCAGAGGAGGGGUGAGAGAGGGUGAAGGAGGAGGGGACUGUGUUGCGGAGAAACCAGCUGAGAUGAAGGCCUGUAAUGGAGGACCCUGUGUGCCUACGACCAUGUGGUACAGCAGCCCCUGGACACAGUGUAAUGUCCCCUGUGGGAAUGGAACUCAGAGACGAGACAUCAUAUGUGUCCAGAAAACGGGGAAUGAUUUGGCCAUCGUACCAGCCAGUGAGUGCGCUAAUCUGGACAAACCUGCAGCUGUUCAACAGUGUGAGAUGGGAGAGUGUCAGCCGCAGUGGUUCACAACGGAGUGGAGCGCUUGCUCGCGUUCUUGUGGAAAAGGCUUACAAAUGAGGGAGGUACGGUGUCUGACGCAGGACAAAAAGCACAAUCAUGAAUGUGAUGCCAGCACCAAACCUGAUCAGGAGCAGAUCUGUAACACGAUACCCUGCAGUCCACAAGUAUCAGAUGAAAACUGCAAAGACAUACGUCAUAACUGUGUGAUGGUGGUUCAGGCCAGGCUGUGUGUCUACUCCUACUACAAGUCUGCCUGCUGUGCUUCCUGUACCCAGAGUGCUCAGCGUGCAAAGAGGCACUGACCCACCAAUCACCGCCCAGGUGUGAGAGAGGCAAGGAUUAUUACAAAAGGGCUCAUCAGAUCGUAAAGAAAUGGACAGCCCAGAAUAGACCUAAUCCCUGCGACAGUUAACACUUAGCUAUUUUCUCCCGAUUCUUCAGGGAAAACAAUGUGAAAGCAACCGGUUUCUUUUUUCCAUAACGCUGUUUAUAGUGUCUCUUAGAACCGCAUAUUCCUCUGAACUUGCCUCUUUUUACUCCAUGCGGUAGCUUUACAUGCGUCACCCAGGGCUGAGUGAUGCAUUCACUGUCAUUUCACACAACUUUCUUGGUUGAGAGAUUGUCAUAGGAAGAGCUCCCUGAAGACACAGCUGUGUUUCAGCAGCAAAAAAAAAUAUUUUUUUAUAUCCUCUCUUAUCUUCAAGGACUUAAAACUGCUAGAAUCGGACGUGCAUACCACUUACUAUUAUUAAAAAAUGUGCUGAUCAAAUAAUUAGCAUGUGCACUAGAUAAGCUGUGUAAUAACGUGUGCUAAAGAUCUACCGGGAUAGAUCUACUGUUUCAUGGACACUGUCAAUCUACAGUUGUCUACCCCACAAAUCUAGAAGGAUUUCAUUUACAAAUCGUUUUUGUUUUUUUUGUUGGCAACAAAAACAAAAAAGUUGUGUAGUGUCCUCUUGUUGUUCACUUCAGUACUGGAACAGAUGAACCAAAGGUGUGAGCCGUACAUGGCAGUAAGUGACCAAAAAUAUUUCAGAACAGGAAGAGGUGAGAUUCUUCCCACACAGAAAUAGAACCAGACAAAACAAGCGACACACACUCUGUAUGCUUCUUCAACAUGUGUGUGUCAGUAAAACAUAUGUAGGCCUUGCAGAGAGAAGCUAAUAGCUGCAGCUGUUUAUUUUUCUAAAUUAAAUGACUGACAUGAUAUGAUAAAACACAAAGAGAUAACACAUGAUAUUCUUUACUUUUCUACUUGUAAAAAUUAUUUUUGACUUCCCAGGCAUGCGUUCCCAAGCCUCAUUUGGUCCCUGCAUUGUAAAUCUCUUACAAUGUCACACAAGUAAAUACUUUGAAAUAUGUUAAAAUGUUCAGUAUUUUUAAAAGUGGCUGGGACUUUAGUUUUGAGAAACUGUUACUCAAAUAAGAGAAACAUUCUACUUGUGUUAGGAACUAUUUUCAGCUGUGGAUUUUCUCACAAUAGUGAACAUUAAAGACACCAGGACUGUGGGAUCGAGAACAACUUAACUAUUGCCCAUUUAAAUCGCAAUGAAUGAGAACAACACCCAUUGCAACAGUGUUUUUAUUAUCUUUAUAUGAGCCUCUCACUGGUUUGUGUAUUUUCAUUUGAUUUCUAAACAAUUAUAAAAAAAAGUUGAACAUAUCUCCUCAAUUAUGAACUUGGCAACGCACAGGUUUUGAAAAGUGAUUCACUCCUGGCUGACCUAAUUUUUUUUUGCAUUUGAGUGAUCCCAUCCCCAUUACAACUGCGUUUUCAUAUCUGAGGAACAACUUCAUGUCCUCCCUUUUUUCUCACCUCAUCUCAAUACAUAUUUAAUGUGAUUCCAUCAUCUCCUUUUGGAGAGAGGGUGAUGAAUCUGUCCUAUGAGAGUAGGUGAAGCCAGAAUUUGAAAAACUCAUGGAAACCACAAAAGAAGCUGCUUCUUAAAAGAGUGUUUUAAUAGAGCAGCUGAUUUAACGGAUCAAAUGCAAUCAUGUUGCUUUGAUCUGAAAGUAAAUAUGUCACAUAGUGAGACAGAAACCUCUGUAUAUGUGUGUAAGUACUCUUUAUGCCUUAUCUUUCUCUCUUUUUUCUCUUACAACUUGUUUUUACUAUUCUUUUCUUCUCCUUAUCUAUCUCCUAAAAAGGAAUAAACACACAAUAAACCCUGCCUUCACAAAGGGGAGGGGUCUGUAUAUUUGUCAGAUAUGUUUUAAUGUCUAUAUUUCUUUGAACAUAGAAGGCGCUUAUGUUUUAUAACUGAGUAAUUAGAAGUGUUGUUGUAGACUGCAUUUAUUCACAUCAAACUGUUAUAUUACUAUUGUUUCUGUGCAUUUGACAAGAAGCAGUGACUAUAUUGUUCUGAGUUUUGAAUGUGUGCAUUUAUGAGUCGUCUGUUAUCGUUAGUUUGUGUGUGUGUGUGUGUGUGUGUGUGUGUGUGUGUGUGUGUGUGUGUGUGUGUGCAUGCGUGCGUGUGUGUGUGUGGUUCUGUGUUGUAGCUGCAGCACGUGUUUCAUUCUUGUCUCUUAUCCCUUGUAGUAAAAAAAAGUGUUUUAUACAAAAACAAAAAGGAUAGUAAUUUAUAUAUUAUCUGAAGAACAUGUAAUUUAUUUUCUGUUUUAAGGAGCUGUAGCAAAUUAUCUUUGUUACCACCAGAGUUUAUGAGAUUGUUAUUACGGAUACACAGAUGAUUUUUUUAUCAUGCAAAAAAAAAAAAAGUGUGGAAAAAUUAUUAUCUCAAAAGCUUCGUUUUAAAUAAAACUGAAACAGGAAUGAAGUGUGAUGUUUUUAUUUUGUCUGGGGGUUAGGGAUGAUAUUUCCUGUUUCCUCCAAAUGAUGGCGAUGUUGAGUCUCACAGUGAUUGAGCAGUUGUCCUCAGGAAAUGAGAUGUCUGUGGGGUAAAUGUCUCUCUUUGGGGCCAUUGCAUUGUGACUAGUUGUUUGCUUGUUUUGUUUUUUUCUAAAUAUUAAAUGAGGUUUGGAUUGCAAGCA